CCUCGACUUGACAUUUUGGGUUGUCGCUUACGGGAGGUUCGACUGUAGUUUAGUUUUAACAAAUCAUAUGUCUUCCAUUUGACUGGGAAUUUACGCACUGCAAUUUUAGCUGAUACCCUAUCUAAGAAUCACACCUGGAACACAAUGCGAACAGGGAAUAAAAUGAUACCCUAUUCAAAGACCGAGAACCCCAAAGCCCUACACUAUCCCGCGGAACAUACCUAUAGAACAAAUAUAUGAGAGUAACCCCAGGGGUUUGCAUGGCCCAUCUCUCUGAAAUAAUACUUGCAGAAUAUCAUAUUAUUUUACCUCCUCAGAUUUUCAGUGCGAACUGGGAUCAAGACACAAUUGUUUACAACACAAUAAAUCCUGUAAUUUUUGCGCGCUACAUCCGGGUACUACCACAGACCUGGUCCGACCACAUAUCCAUGAGAGUGGAGUUCUACGAAUGCGACGGUUAUAGCUAUGACGUAUUCGAAGCGGAGGAGCUGAUAAAAGAUGCCAAGUAUCUAUGGACGUUUGACGACAAGGUCGAUAUCAAAGAUCAACAAGGAACGACUUGGGCUCAACAAAGUAGUUUCUUGCAGACAACUGGAGGCAUGCGAGGCCAAGCCGUGAAGACUGAAGGAGGAUCUGGUCCCAUUCUUCUAGCUCACGACACAAGCUAUUAUUUAUCAAGACCCUCACAUCACGCUGCUGUCACUGUCAGUCUGUGGCUCCUCUAUCAGAGCACUGGUGUUAGUCAGACGUUCCUGGCUGCUGGGGAUCAAGAGAACUCAGACAGAGGCAUUCAUCUUCACCAGGAGGACGGAAGUAGGGAAGAGCUGACUUUCAGUACAAGGGUUGAUACAAAGAUGUGUUUAGUUAAGUUUGGAGUUCCUCAACGGAUUUGGACACACUUAAUAUUUACAUGGUCAGCUAUUAAUCAUGUUCUGACUUCGAUCACUGCCUAUCGUGAUGGAAACAUCAUAACAGAUAUGACACGUUUUUGCACCGACGGUUCCUAUCCUAACUUAAAGAGUAACGUCAUCACGUUAGGCUCUUCAACUUUACCGACAGCUUCCAUCGAUGACGUCAUGGUUUUAGGAGUAUCUCUUUCUACGUCUCAGGUGGACAAAUUGUUUAGAUACUACAAAGGCGAUGCUAACCUUCAAGUCAACGUUAGUGUAGAAUUGACUGGUGAAACAUUUCACACAGAGUUGACGGUAAUAGGUUCGGAAUUGUUUACGAACAAGUCGCAUUGGAUUGAGGCUCAGGUCAGAAGCCUUUACCAAGAAAAUAAUUCAUUACAAGUGGAAAACUUUCUUUUCUGGUAA